UCGGACGGAAGAAGAGUGUGGGCAAGAUGAACCUGGAACUGCUCGAAUCCUUUGGGCAGAACUAUCCAGAGGAAGCUGAUGGCACAUUGGACUGUAUUAGUAUGGCUCUUACAUGUACUUUUAACAGAUGGGGCACUCUUCUAGCAGUGGGUUGUAAUGAUGGCCGAAUUGUCAUUUGGGAUUUCUUGACAAGGGGCAUUGCAAAAAUAAUAAGUGCCCAUAUUCACCCAGUUUGUUCAUUAUGUUGGAGUCGAGAUGGUCACAAAUUAGUGAGUGCAUCAACUGAUAAUAUGGUAUCUCAGUGGGAUGUUUUGACUGGUGAUUGUGAUCAGAGAUUUCGUUUUCCUUCUCCUAUCCUGAAAGUCCAGUAUCAUCCCCGUGAUCAAAACAGAGUAUUAGUAUGUCCAAUGAAAUCUGCCCCAGUAAUGCUAACGUUGUCUGAUUCAAAACAUGUUGUCCUACCAGUGGAUGAUGAUUCUGAUCUCAAUGUGGUGGCUUCUUUUGAUCGGCGCGGGGAAUAUAUCUAUACAGGGAAUGCUAAAGGAAAGAUCUUGGUGUUAAAGACAGACACUCAGGAUCUUGUUGCUUCCUUCAGAGUGACAACAGGAACAAGCAACACUACAGCUAUUAAAUCUAUAGAAUUUGCUCGAAAAGGGAGUUGCUUUCUCAUAAAUACUGCUGAUCGCAUAAUCAGAGUUUAUGAUGGCCGGGAAAUCUUGACCUGCGGUAGAGAUGGGGAACCGGAACCGAUGCAAAAGCUACAGGAUUUGGUGAACAGGACACCUUGGAAGAAAUGCUGUUUCUCUGGUGAUGGAGAGUACAUUGUUGCAGGAUCAGCACGUCAGCAUGCUCUGUACAUAUGGGAGAAAAGUAUUGGCAACCUUGUGAAAAUCCUGCAUGGCACUAGGGGGGAACUGUUGCUAGAUGUUGCAUGGCAUCCUGUCCGACCAAUCAUUGCUUCUAUUUCCAGUGGAGUGGUAUCCAUAUGGGCACAAAAUCAAGUGGAAAACUGGAGUGCCUUUGCACCUGAUUUUAAAGAGCUGGACGAAAAUGUAGAAUAUGAAGAGCGGGAGUCUGAAUUUGACAUAGAAGAUGAAGAUAAGAGCGAGCCAGAACAGACAGGUGCUGAUGCUGCAGAAGAUGAGGAAGUGGAUGUAACUAGUGUAGACCCCAUUGCAGCUUUUUGUAGCAGUGAUGAAGAAUUGGAAGACUCUAAAGCUUUACUCUACUUGCCUAUUGCUCCUGAGGUGGAAGACCCAGAGGAAAAUCCAUAUGGGCCUCCACCAGAUGCAGUUCAGACUGCUUUACCUGAUGAAGGAAUAGGGUCUGAGAAGAAGCGGCAGUCUUUGUCUGAUGGACCUCAGCCUCCAAAGAAGAAACCUAAAACAACCAACAUAGAACUGCAGGGAGUACCCAAUGAUGAAGUCCAUCCACUGCUGGGUGUAAAAGGAGAUGGUAAAUCCAAGAAGAAGCAAGCAGGGAGGCCUAAAGGAUCAAAAGAACGUUUCAGUAGCCUGUGGGAUCCUUCUGGCAGUCUUUGACAAACUUUAGAUGGGUGGCAGCAUGCUUUCUGGAGAGAAGUGGUUUUCAUCCACACAUACCACUCUUGUUCAGUGUUUCCCUUAUGGUGGAUCUAUGAAUACUGACCUCAGACAAUGCAAGAAUUGUCUCCAGGUACUUUGAAGUUACCCUAGGGUUCUUUUGCUCUUGGGGUAAUUUUUGUUGGACAGCCACAAAGUAACAAAGGUGCUGUAUUUUCUUCAUUUAUAAACUGUUCACCUGAUCAUUGUCAGAUGGAGACCGGAAUUUUUGGCAGUCUGGUAAGCCUUUCCUGUCUCAGGAGUAUCAAUAAUCCGUUUUCUGAGGUUCACAAACUUUUGAUUGGGGCAUUAUUUAGUUCCACAAACUUGUGCCAUGAAGAGCAAGCCCUGAUGAUGGCAACCAACAUAUGUAUGGUUAUAUUUUUGUAGGGGAGGGCUUCAGAACCUCAAAUCAUUGAUAGGAACAUCAGAUGCUGCUUAAGAGAUUGGAUUAUCCCAGGACUUCAAAUACUUUUUACAACAAAGACAGUGAAUUCAGUGUGUUCAAUGAAGACAUGAUACAGUACACUAUAUUAGGUGGUGUUUGUUUAACAACAAUUUGUUUAUCUACUAACAGGAUGUAGAUGAACUCUGAUUUCAUUGCCAGGAUUAUCAAUCAUUCUUAAAGCUCCACAAACUUUCUGUCACCACUGUUAGUGUUCUUCACAGUUACACUUCAGUAAUUUGCCAAGAGAAAAUCCUGAGUUUUUCUGAAAUUUACUUACUUUUGCAGAAGUUUGAAAAAGCUAAAAACAGGAAGCAUAUAGUGUUAAAUGUUGAGGAAGAACCUUCCUUGACUUUUCUGCACCAAGUGUGGAUGAUUUUUGUAGUGUUCAUAUUUUCUGCAAAUUAUUUGAAUUCUCUUGGGAAUAUCACUAAUAUUUGAUUUUUCUUUUCUUUUGAUUUUGAUUUUUAGCAGGUGGUGGAAUCUCAGAGUUGUUAUGAAAGCUUCCUUCCUGAUGCCCUCUUAUUUCUCAUUUUGGCAUCAUAACAUGGAAUAAGAACAAAUGUUCAGUCAGAUAAUGGACUGCCUUUAUAUGGGAAAGAUAUCUGACUGGACUGCCUGCAUCUCCAGGGAAUAAUUUUUGCAAAUUAUGGAAGAGGAACAUUUUCUCCCCAGUCAUUUCUUUUUACUAACAGUAAAUGGACAAGGAAAGAUUUGUGCAAAAUCUGAUGGGAAAGAGCUGUUUUUUGCUCAUAAUCUUCUUAAGAGUUCCCUAAAGUACAAGGUCUGGAACAAGAUAAGAAGAUCACUUGCUUGUAUAUUGAGGUCCUGUGUUUAUGUUCCAUGGCUUCAUUCUUGAGAGAGAAAAAUGCUGGAGACCUAUUGAAUUCUGGCAUAAUGCUGUUGCAUAGUGACUGGCUAAAGCAAAUUAUUCUGAGCAUUUUUUUUUUAUUUGUUUCUCUUCCUUAACCACAUUGAAUUGGAAAUGCAGUUAGUGCUUAGCUUCCUGUCCUACAGCUAUGAUAUGUUGUAAAUUGAUCCAGUUUUCAAAUCAGCUAUUGAAAUCCAGAUGACUCUGAUGUAUAAGAACAAGAACUAUUUCUCCAAGGGAGAAAAGGAGCUUAUAAAAAGUGAGUAGACUGAGCAAAAGCAUGAGUGACUCUGGUUUCUUCUCACCAUGUUUUAUCCACAUCCAGAGAUGCUUGUUUUCCAACCCUUUCAGGGUUCUAGUGAGAACAAACACUUCCCUAGACUCUGUAGAAGAAGUAUAUAAAAAUGGAAAACACAGACUUAUAUUAAAUUAAUUCAUUUGUUAUAUGUUCUGAAAACAAUUUAAGGAUGUGAAUGUUGAUCCUGGGUCUAUUUUAGAAAAUAGGCCUUCGAUUCAGGAGAUUUACAUUAUGACAACAAUGUCUUCAAAGUAUAGCUAAAGGAUACACAGGUGAUUCACAUAGUCUUACAUCUAUAGAAUGGAUAAAUGAGUUUUAAAUAUGCUUUUUAGUUUAAUUGUUUUGUUUUCUGCAUAAUGUCCUGUGGCAUGUUUCUUCUAAGGAUAUCCUGAGUUGAAAUCUCAUAUUUUGUUUAUUAUUAUUUAUGCCAUUCUCACUUCUAAGGUUUUAUGCAACCUUCCCUUAUAUAAUCUGGUCACCUACAGCUUUCCAGUCCAUAUGAAGAUUGAUAGAAAGGCUUGGAUAAUAACUGUUGUAUUGUUUAUGUGGUAUUAUGAAUUCAAGCCAGAUUUGCAGUUUUCUCCAGUUUAGUGUGGUUUGUUUUAUUUUUCAGUUUUCUAUUGUUAUUUUUGUUACUAUUGUAGUUUGUACAGAACCUGAAAAAUAAUAAUUGCUUUGUAGCUACUGUAAAGUACUGCUGUGAUGUUAGCUUCUCUAUUUGUAAAU